UUGGACAGAAAUCUAAACAAAGUUCCUUAAACGAGCAAGGGCGAUAAGCUGUUACAUUUAAAAGCAAUUUUCGCUAUUCUUAUCUUUUGAAUUGAACAUUCGCAUUUAUAAAAGAUUAGUGUUAUUGUUGUUGACGUCUAUACUAAACUUGGGGCUCUCUCAUAAGACUCAACAGUGUACAGUUGUAACGAGUGAUGAAUGGAGUUCCCAAAGCUUCCCCCUCAUGCCGGGCCAGUGUUAUCUAUAGUGGACAUGCACACAGGUGGAGAGCCACUGCGCAUUAUCCUGAGUGGGUAUCCAGAGGUCAAGGGGGACACAAUCCUUGCCAAACGGCGCUAUGUGAGAGAGCAUCUUGAUCAUCUUCGCAAGGUUUUAAUGUUUGAGCCCCGUGGUCACUACGACAUGUAUGGGGCUCUGCUGGUCAGAAGCGAGUUGCCAGAGGCUGAUCUCGGGGUCUUGUUCAUGCACAAUGAAGGGUACAGCACCAUGUGCGGUCACGCUGUCAUUGCACUCGGGCGGUAUGCAGUGGAUUAUGGUAUGAUUAAGGCGCCCACUUCACCAGAGACACAGAUAAAUAUACACUGCCCCUGCGGCUUAGUGAAGGCUUUCGCACAGUAUUCUGAUGGGAAAACUGGGGCUGUCAGAUUCCACAGUGUCCCAGCCUUUGCUUUUGCUACAGAUGUGAGUGUCUCUGUUCUAGGAUAUGGGUCCAUCACUGUGGAUAUAAGCUAUGGUGGAGCUCUUUAUGCUUUUGUGAGUGCUGAGAAAUUUGGAUUGGAUGUCAGCAAGUCCAAAACCAGAGAUUUAGUGGAUGCAGCCACUGCUGUGACAAAUGCUGUGAAAUCCCAGGUUAAACUGCACCAUCCUGUUAGUGAGGAUUUGGCCUUCCUCUAUGGAACAAUCCUUACUGAUGGCAAAGAUGCUUUCUCUGAAGAGCCCACUGCCAAUGUGUGUGUGUUUGCUGAUGCACAGGUGGAUAGAAGCCCAACUGGGUCAGGGGUCACUGCUCGCAUUGCUCUUCAGUACCAUAAAGGCCUGAUCGGGCUGAACCAGACCAGAAGUUUCCAGAGUGGAGCUACAGGAUCGGUAUUUACAGGGAAAGCAAUAGAGGAAACCAUGUGUGGGGACUUCAAGGCUGUGAUAGUGGAGGUCGCAGGUCAUGCUUACUACAGUGGAGUGGCCAGCUUUACACAGGAGAGCGAUGACCCCCUGAAUGGAGGCUUCCUCCUGCGCUGAGUCAUUUGAUCAUAAGGUUACAGCAUAGAUUUCUGCGUGAAUGCGGAUAGGAUGUUAAGACUACAGUCUCUUGUGUGAGUUAAGAUAUAUUUACUGUUACGGCCCCUUUUAGGCCAUAUUGGUUUUUCUUUUGUGUUUGUAUUCUGUGUGGCAGAUUGGUGGUGAUUGGAGUCGUUUGGCUCAUCAA